UAGAGGAGGUGCGGAGUGAGACGACGCCUGCUGCGCGUGGCUUGUAGCUGCGGAGCUUCCUCCUGCCUCUCCCACUCCUCCAGCCGCGGCUGAGCUUGUCGCGCACCGGCUCCAUGGCUGCUGCCGCUCCAGCCCCGCGGAUCCCGUGGCUCUCCUGGGCGCUUCUUUUACUCCUAGCCGCUCUGCUUCACUCCGCCUCCCCAGCUGCACCAGAGAAGAAAGUGCCAAACAGAUCAUUGAGAGUACAUACCCAGUCAUCACCUCACAGGUCAUCUGUACGGUGGAGGCUACCCCAUUCUUCAGGUCUAAGAAGUCCACAUAGAUAUCCAAGUUAUCGCUCAGGAUAUGGAGAAAGCAACAGAAAAAUGAGUUAUAUAUCACUGCCAAAAGAAGAACGAAAUGAUGAGAUGAAAAAGCUAGCAUCUGAAUCAGUAUAUAUGGUUUCACUGCAGUCAAGGACUUCCCAGGCACAGAGUCAACCUGCAUAUCGGGCCGCUUUAACCAAGAGAAAAGUUGCAGAGGAGGAGGAGCAGGAAGAGGCAAAAGAUAUCACUGUUCGAGUUAUGUCCUCUCAGUCUGUGCUUGUUACUUGGUCAGAUUCCAUCUCUGAGAAACAGAAGAUUGCUACUACCAGACUGUACACUGUCCGUUAUCGAGAGAAAGGUGAAUCAGCAAGAUGGGAUUACAAGCAAGUGUCCAACAAGCGAGUGUUGGUCGAUAAACUGAUUCCAGAUACCAUGUAUGAAUUUGCAGUUCGCAUCACACAGGGAGAAAAGGAAGGCAAAUGGAGCGCCUCUGUUUAUCAAAGAACCCCAGAAGCUGCUCCCACGAGUGCUCCUGAAAACCUAGAAGUUUUGCCAAUAAAAGGCAAAGCAACUUCUGUUGCUGCAACGUGGGAUGCUCUUUCAGAGAGUGAAGGAAGAGUAAAAGAAUACAUUCUCUCAUACGCCCCUGCUCUCAAGCCCUUCGGUGCAAAGUCCAUUACCUACCCGGGAGAAACUACGUCUGCCAUAGUGGAUGAUCUGGAGCCUGGGGAACGCUAUAUUUUCAAAAUUCGUGCAGGAAACAGGAGGGGGCAAGGUCCUCAGUCUAAAGCCAUCAGUGUUGUUUUGCCACCAACCAGUAUACGUGAAUUGAAGUCCAGUCAACAAACAAACACUGAAGAUGUGUUGGAAAUUAAAACAUCUGGGAAUAUUGAAUCAUUACCCUCUUUGCAAACCUAUUCUAUCUUGUCUGAAAAUACCUCUAAGCAUACUUCAAGUCAUUCAUCUAGUUUCCCUCAUGGAAGAGAUUCAGAAAGUCCUCUUUCUGACUUCAAGAAAAAAUUCUUAUCUGGUAGUGGGAUCCCACAAAAAACUCAGCAGCCCUCUAGAAGAAGAAAGGAACCGGAAAUUGAUUCUCAUUCAACAGAAGGCACUGGUGACCAUGAUUCCUCCAGUGGAACAAAAAUACAGUCCAAAACUCAGGAUGUUAAGAGCAGCAUUAGGCCCCAUUCCUCUGUCAAACCUUCACAUUCUGUCCUCUCCUCAGGUAGAACACCUUUUAGAUCACGAACACCUGUAAGAACUGGGCAGAUAAGUACUGACAAGCAAAAGUUGUCACCAUCUUCCUCCUUACCACACACUUCCAUCUCUUUAUCAGCAUCUUCCCCUCCUAAAUAUACAGAACGUGAAACAAAGAAUAUAAGGCAUGACAGCUCUAACCAUCAUUCUUCCCCUCAAGUCACUUUAGAUAAUCUACCUGAUGAUAAUGAAAGUAAUGAUAAAACUGAUAGUAUGGAGAAAGAAUCAGUAAUGUCUUCUAACACUCCAGGAGACACUCAUUUGAUUUUAAGUUCAAAUCGACAGCCCUCUGCAUCUCAGAAGGUGAUUCAUCCAACCAAAGUGCUUACUCCUUCGGUAUCAUUGAAGUCUUCCGUGUCAUCUGUAGCUACAAAUUCCCAAACAAAUCUCCACUAUCCCUCUAAUAAAUUAGUUCCCUCUAAUACCAGUGAUACCACUAGAAAAACAGAAGAAAGAGAGCAAAACCCAAGUUCCAGGCCUUCUUCUCCUCAGAGUGGGUCGCUUACAGCUGUGCAAAGAAAAUCUCUUUUGAACUCCAAUCGCCACACUUUAAGAGAUUCAAGGCUAGCCACCUCUGCUGUUUCUGCUGCUGUUACCCAUACUUUACCUCACUCAUAUGGCUCAUCUUCUGCUAAAACUAAGCCUGAUAGAAGAGAUGGUUCUAAUGACAAUGACAAUGAAAACAGUGAAAAUAAAAAUGAGAACAGACAAAGAUCUUUAUCUCGAUCUAGUUCUAGAUCACCUUCAGUCCAACCUGUACCUGAACAUUUUAAUUUGUUCAAACACAGACCAGCUCUCACUGCUAACCGAUUUGCAAACAAAGCUGGUAGUACUCAAGUUGCUAGGACAAAUCUUUCUAAAGUCCCCUCCUCUACACCAUCAUCAAAGGUGCAUCCUCAGUCUAGUUCACAUCUAACAUCUGUUAAUAUUCACAAAUUUAAUUCCAGUACUGAUAAACGUAAGGAACUGGAGGGUGAAGAUGAAAAUCCUCUACCAUCAACUCCUCACCAUGGUUAUUCAUCAUCUUUUUCUCGGCAGUCUUCUUCAGUAGACUACUCUAGAAGGAGGAGUUCUCUGACAGAACAGAGAAAUCCUCAGGUAAUUGUACCCACUGAAAAAACUAAUCCAACAAAUGUAAAAGAGGAAAACUUUAACAAAGAAAGGGAAAACACAGAUGCAAAAACAUAUUCUUCACACAAAGACUCAUUGUCUUCAGUAUCUGGCCAGUCUCCAUCAUUAAGCAGAAUAAACCAUCGCUCCAGUUAUAGUACUUCUCAUCGGUUAGCAAAUGGCCAGAGUACAAGGUCCAGAGGCUCAGCCUCCCCUGCUGACUCUUUGUUAAGGAGAUCUAUGGAAAAGUCAACUCCUUUACAAAUUCCUGUUUCAGAGGACCAACCUGAUGAUCUAGAGACCAAAGAUGAUAUGUCUCCCAAGUUGUCAAAAAAAACAUUAAUCGGAAGUUCUCAUGAUUUAUCACACAAAACACUCCAUCCAGAACCAAGCUAUUACCCAAAGACAGUAACUGAUCAGUCACAACACCAACCCUCAUUAAAUUCUAGAAGCCACCUCAUAAGGACUUCCUUCCAAAAUAAUGAAAAAUUAGAGGAUGAAGAAGGUGAAAGCUUAGCUGAAAACUAUUAUAAAGAAGUACUGAAUAAAGAGGAACAGAGAGCUUCUGCUUCAAUACCUACCAAAGAUGUUUCUUCUAGAAGAAUAUCAACAUCCUUAUCUCAGGAAAGCACCAACUCCUUUUUAAAGCAUUCCAAUCCUCAAGCUGGUAAAUCAGGUGAAAGAACCACAAAUCGACGGGAAUCUUUAACUUCCUCCAGAGGAUUAAGCUUGUCACCAGAAAAGCCUGUUGCGUCUCAGGUUAUUGCUUCUAAUGAAGACACAUUGCCUGUGUCUUUCCAUCAAUCCAAGUAUGUUCAACCAGACUCUACCUCAGUUAGUGCCUUAGCCAAGGACCAUCAGUAUAGUAGAAGGAUUUCUUUAUUGUCAAAAUCAUCCUCAGCUACUCAGAAACAAACUCAUUCCUCAGCACCCCACUAUCAGUCAGGGUCCAAAGUCCCUACCAGAAUAGCAUCCCAAACAGACAGAAAAUAUGGACUCUUCCAGCCUACUCCAACAAAAGUUGAACUUUAUCCAAAAACAGCUUACUCUAAAAAGCAUCAGUCACUUUCAAACAAUGAUAAUUACGAAGAUUAUGAUCAGUCAGAAACAGAGGAAAAUCCCACAUCAUCUUCAGUGGCAAGAUGGUCAUCUCCUUCCAUUUUUAGAGACAGUAAACAUAUGAAAAAUAAUGUUGCUAAUGAUAAAAAUAAAUCACCAAGCUCAAUUUUGCCACACCAAGUAAGAAUUCCUGAUGAAUAUAAAAAAGAAGAGGAGAUGGAAGAGGAACGCCCUACCUCCAAAACAUCAAAUGCUGCACCAGUGGGUAGAUCUGCUUCUUUAACUUCCAGGUUUCCCCAGUCUCUGAACAAAUCAAAUACUUUGCCUAAAAUAAAUUUGGCUUUGCCACACUCCUCUGGAUCUGCUUCUGUAUCUUCUCAGUUUCAUCCCACUCUCUCUGUUUCUCCAACACAUUCCUCAUCUUCUCCCUCAGUGUCCCCCAAUCAACGAACACAGCACUCAAGAUUAUCAAACCCUUCUCAACGGCAGCAAACUAGAAUUUUUCAUAGACAAGGUAAUGGUGGUAGACCCAACCUAACAACAAAACUGGAUCUCAAUAAUAAAAUGACACCUGGUGGUAAUGGAAAACGAAAUGGACAGAGAAUAAUAAAUGGUCCACAGGGAAUAAAGUGGGUUGUAGACCUUGACAGAGGGCUAGUGCUUAAUGUUGAAGGAAGAUAUCUCCAAGAUUCACAAGGAAAGCCUCUCAGAGUAAAAUUAGGAGGAGAUGGGCGUACUAUUGUUGAUUAUAAGGGAGCUCCAGUAGUAAGUCCAGAUGGUUUGCCUUUAUUUGGACAUGGACGAUUUAGCAAGCCUUUAGCAAAUGCACAAGAUAAACCGAUAAUAAGCCUUGGAGGGAAGCCACUGAUUGGUCUUGAAAUGGUUAAGAAAACAACCACUCCAUCCACAACAAGAACUACCACCGCCGCCACCACCACCACCACCACAACUACUACUACCACCACCACUCCUCCUGAUCCAACAACUACUGAGCUACCCACAGAGAAACCAUUGCCUACCUGUCCCCCUGGCAGUUAUGCUGAGUAUGAUGAAGAAGGGAAUCUUGUAUUAGGCCUCAAUGGGCUGCCUGAAUGCAACUCUGAAGAUGUAUUCUCAGGCCAUGAUGCUGAUGUGAUGGCAACUACAGAGUCAUAUGUGGUAUAUGAUGAAGAUUAUGAGUUUUUUGAAACCACUUUGCCACCAUCCACCACUACCACUACAACUACCACCACAGAAGCAUUGUCUGAAAUUGGCUUUCCAGAGUUCAGUGAUUUUGGUUCUGAUCCUCUGUCAAAAUAUGAUGCUGCUGGGAAAAAACGCUUUAGUGCUCCUUAUGUGACCUAUCUAAAUAAGGAUCCAGCAGCUCCUUGCUCAUUGACAGAGGCUCUAGAACAUUUCCAAGUAGAAAGUCUGGAUGAAAUCAUACCCACUGACCUAAAAGACAUGGAGAUGCGUCCUCAGAAAGCCCCUCACAACAUCACUAUAGUAGCUGUGGAAGGCUGCCAUUCCUUUGUGAUUAUAGACUGGGCUAAACCUACACGUGGUGAUUUGGUAACAGGAUAUUUAGUUUACAGUGCAUCUUAUGAUGACUUUCUUAGGAAUAAAUGGUCAACCAAGACUGCAGGAAGUACCCAUUUGCCCAUUGAAAAUCUGAAGCCAAACACAAGGUAUUACUUUAAAGUCCAAGCAAAGAAUCUCUAUGGCUAUGGACCAAUAAGUUCAUCGGUCUCCUUUGUCACAGAAUCUGACAAUCCUCUGCUUAUUGUCAGACCACCAGGUGGUGAACCAAUCUGGAUCCCAUUCACCUUUAAGUAUGAUCCCACAUACUCCGAAUGCAGUGGCAAGCAAUAUGUGAAACGGACGUGGUAUCGGAAAUUUGUAGGAGUUGUUCUGUGUAAUUCAUUGAGAUAUAAGAUAUACCUCAGUGAUGACCUAAGAGAUACGUUUUACAGCAUUGGGGAUAGCUGGGGAAGAGGUGAAGACCAUUGCCAGUUUGUGGAUUCACACUUGGAUGGAAGAACGGGGCCACAGUCAUAUGUAGAAGCUCUGCCUACUAUUCAAGGUUAUUAUCGGCAGUAUCGACAAGAACCUGUAUUAUUUGGUCGCAUUGGAUAUAUGACACCUUAUUACUAUGUGGGCUGGUAUGAGUGUGGCGUACCCAUUCCAGGGAAAUGGUAACUGUGCUACAGAUUUCCUGUGGUUCUUAAGCAAAGUACACCAAGCUGUGCCUUUUGAAAGACUUGAAGGACUCUGAGCAGCUGAUUUGGAAGAAGAUGGGGGGAAGCAUGGAAAGAAGGAAAUAAACAGCAACCUAAUAGACACUCAUGAAACUCAAUACAAUACUGUAUUAGGCUUUUGUCAACCUAAGACUAUGGUGUUGCUUGAUUACUCUGCUUCAGAGCACAAAAUUGAUUUAAAUAUGGUGUCUUGUCUUCCUUCUCUUUGCCUUUAAAAGGCAUGGAGACAUGGCUGCAACGGGUGCUACAUGGUGCUCAGUGAACCUAAUGUAUUUGGCUAGCCAUGGAAAAUUGGAAUUGUGUUAUAUCUCACAAGGAAUGACUUAAGCAUGAUGUGCUUGCAUUAUGGAAUGCUAACCACUUUCCACUUCUACUAAUGGAAUUCUCUGUUGCCUUACAUGGGGCAGAGUCUUAUGCUUGAGAAUAUUGUUGUUCAGUCAUGAUGUGUUACUAAAUAUCCAUGAAUGAAAACCAGUCAGUGUCACUCAAGACUUUUCUUGUGGGUUUGCACAUUGUAGGCCAAAACACCAGGUCACUAUGUAAAUUCAACUUUAAAAAAAAUACAGUACUGUAUGCUUGCAGAAGUAUUUUUUAGGAACUGAGGUUUUCUUGUUGAUUUAGGAAAAUAUGUUUAUGGGAUGAUGAUUUAUGUAAAAGGUGCUAUUGAUUAACGUCUUUUAAAUUUUUAUUCUGUGAAAAAUAUAAUAUGCACAAUACAGUAACCAUGUCAAGAACCAUGCUUCUCUUCUUAUGAGUAUUGCUGAGUUUUAAUGAUGCGGAUAUUUGUAUAAAGUAGAAAAAUUCUUCAUAAGGCUUCUUAACAAGUGAUGUUUCAAGAUAGUUGAAUUAUUUGCUUCAUAUAUUAACAUGAUUCAGAGCCCCAAUCAAAGUGUCACUUCAGCAACAUAACAAUGUAUAAAUUAAAUUCAUAUUUAAUACUCUUUAAUAAAGUUCACCAACCACUGAAACUGCAA